AUGUUGAAAGAUAUGAACAAUACUUUGAUAACUUUGGUGCCUAAGUCUAAAUGCCCAAGUAAUGUUUCUGACUAUAGACCAAUUGCAUGCUGCAAUGUGGUCUAUAAAUGCAUUACUAAAGUUAUAUGCAAUAGAAUGAGGACGAUGCUACCUGAUAUAAUAGCAGAGAAUAAUCAAGGUGCCUUCAUACAAGGGAGAUUCAUUGGGCAUAAUAUUAUGGUUUGUCAAGACAUUGUGCAUGGUUAUGGAAGGAAAAACUCUAAGCCUGGGUGUAUCAUUAAAAUGGACAUGAGGAAGGCAUAUGUCUCUAUUGAUUGGAAAUUUAUGGAAAGUAUGAUGAAAGCUUUAGCAUUUCCAGAUCAAUUUGUCCAGAUGGUGAUGGAAUGUGUUACAUCGCCAAGAUUCAGCUUGCUUGUGAAUGGUGGAAGCUGUGGGUUCUUCCCAGGCAAAAGAGGACUUAGACAGGGUGACCCCAUGUCCCUCUUCUCUUUGUGA